AAUUCCAAUUUAGAUUACUCAUUCUCCACUUCUCCUUCUCCUAAUCCAACAACAUUAUAUUAUUAAACAACACAAACAUAGUGAUUAUUGAUUACUGAUGAUGAAGUUGAUAGAAGAGAGUCGAGUUUCACCACCACCCAAUUCACUUCCAUCGCCAACCACUCUCCCUCUCACUUUCUUCGACGUUUCAUGGUUUUACUGCCUACCACCAGUUCAACGCAUCUUCUUCUACGACUUUCCUCAUCCAACACACCACUUCCUUCAAACAACACUUCCCAUUCUCAAACACUCUCUUUCUCUCACCCUCCAACACUUCUUCCCCUUUUCCUCCAAUCUCAUCAUCCCUCCAGAUUCCCAUGACGCCCCUUACAUACGCUACCUCCACGGCGACUCUCUCUCCUUCACCGUCUCUGAAUCCUCCGCAAGCUUCAACAUCCUCGUAUCUGAUUCACAAGACGCUCAAAACUGGCACCCUCUUGUUCCUAACUUGCCUUCACCUCGUACCGAACCUAACGGUACAACUGUCAUCCCUUUAAUGGCUAUUCAACUCACCGUUCUUCCAAACUCCGGCUUCUCUAUCUGCCUCACUUUCAAACACGUCGCUGCAGACGGAAAAUCACUUCACCAUUUCAUGAAAUAUUGGGCCUCUCUUUCAAAAGCCAUAGCUAACAACAACAACAACAAUAACAAUAGUUUAUCAUCUCUUGAUCUUCCUUCCCAUGAAAGAGACAAAAUACUUAAACACCCCAAGGCUCCUAAACUCACAUACUUACAUGAAGAUUCUUAUAGUUAUAGUUAUGUUGACAAGAUACGAACUAGUUUAGUAUUGAGUCAUGAACAAGUUCAGAAACUGAAGAAAUGGGGUUUGGAUAAAUGUAAUGAUACAACAAGACAUAUGUCAACUUUUGUUGUAACAUGUUCCUUGAUUUGGUUUUGUAUGGUGAAAUCAGAGAGAAACACAGGUGAUGAUGAUCUAUGCAACUUCUUGUUUCUUGCAGAUUGUCGUGAUCGUCCGGAAUAUUCAUUACCGAAAACUUAUUUUGGAAACUGUCUUGCCUCGUAUACUGUGGUUGUAAAGAAGAGUGAGUUGGUCGGAAAAGAUGGAAUUGUUGUGGCCGCAAAUGGUAUUGAAAGGAAGAUAAGAGAUUUCAAGAGUGAUGAUGUUUUGUUAGGAGCUGAAGUGUUGAUGCCUGAUUAUAGGGAAUUAUCAAAACCAGGUAUGUCUUUGGUAGUGGUUGCAGGGUCACCAAAACUUGCUAUUUAUGAGACUGAUUUUGGGUGGGGAAAGCCGGUGAGAUCUGAUGCAGUGCAUAUUGAUGCUUUUGGUUCGAUUUCUCUUUCUAAUUGUAGAGAUGGUGGAGGUGGAAUUGAAGUUGGUUUGGCUCUUGAGAGGUCUAGAAUGGCUACUUUCAUCAACAUCUUUCAACAGCAACUUGAUAGUAUUUGUAGCAUCUGAAUGAAAUAAAAUCCAUGAGUUUUGGGUUUCAGCAUAUGCUUUAUUAUUAUUAUUGCACCUACAAAGUUUCUACAUAAUUUAUUUUAGAAUAAAGUUUGUCUACUUGAAAUACUUAAAUCAUUGAAGUAAUAUAGUUCUUUAUAGUAAUAUUAAGACAAAGAGGAACAAUACGUGGAAAUUUUAAAUGGGUCUUUAGGUCCAACUGUUUACCGUGGAUACAUAAUUGGGACAGUAGCAAUCCUCGUACAUUUCAUGGA